AUGUCCCACAGCGACGAGGAGAAGGAGGCUGUGGCCAGCCCGCAGGCAGAUGGCACGGGCACGGGCACGGGCACGGGCGUGGUCCACCUCGAGCGCAGGUUUAGCUUUCUCGCGUGCUUGGGCAUGGCCUUUAUCAUGCUUAAUUCGUGGACGGGUGACCUCGGCGUCGUGCUACCCUCUGGCGGCUCCGUGUCGGUAGUGUACGGCUGUAUCGUCUCGGCGAUCGGCGCCGCCACGACGGGCUUGAGUCUGGCCGAGUUCUGCCAUGUCUACCCCGUCACCGGGGGGCAGUAUGACUGGGUUUACAUCAUCACGCCGGAGCGGUACCGCCGUCCCGUGUCCUACGUCGUCGGGUGGCUCGCUGCUGCCGGCUGGAUCGCGCUGACGGCCGUGUCGGCGGCCUUUUGCGGCACGUUCAUCUCGGCCUUCGUCGCCCUCUGGCACCCCGACUUUACUCUCACCAACUGGCACACGUUCCUCAUCUACAUCGCCUUCUGCAUCCUCCCCUUCCUGCUCAACACGUUUGCCAUCCGCCUCCUGCCGCUGGUCGAGAAGGCAGGGUUCUACUGGGGCGUCAGCGGCAUCGUGGUGGUCAGCAUCGUGCUCCUGGCCACCGCGAGCCCGGGGUUCCAGCCGCCCAAGGCCGUAUUCGCGACGUUCACCAACGAGACGGGGUGGCCGGACGGUGUUGCCUUCCUCCUUGGCCUGCUCCAGUCGACUCUUGGUCUUGCCGGCUACGACGCGAUCACGCAUAUGAUGGAGGAGAUGCCGGCGCCGUCCAAGAAUGGGCCCAAGGUGCUCCUCCUAGCAAUCGCGCUCGGUGCCGUUACCGGCUGGCUCUUCCUCGUCAUCCUCCUCCUGUGUCUCAAGGACAUUGACGCAGUGAUUGCUAGCCCUACGGGACCGCUCCUCGCCAUCUACCAGCAGGCGACGAACAGUGCCGCGGGGGCCACCUGCCUCGCAAUGUUCAACUUCCUCUGCAUGGUCUUCAUGACCCAGGGCAUCAUGACGAUCGCCUCGCGCAUGGUGUGGACAUUUGCGCGUGACCGCGGCCUCGGGCACCUGAGCCCCAUCCUCGCGCCGGUGCACCCCACCCUCAAGGUGCCCGUGUGGAGUGUCGUCUUUGUGCUCGUGUGGUGUGUGGUGCUGGGACUGAUUUACCUCGGGUCUACCGUCGCGUUCAAUGCUAUCGCUUCAUCGUCGCUGUCUCUCCUGCAGAUCAGCUACUUCAUCCCGAUCCUCAUCGUCUUUGUCCGCGGCGACGCAGUGUACGCCGACCAGCCCCGGACGUGGUCGCUCGGUCGCUGGCGGCGUCCGAUUAACGCCGUGGCGCUUGCGUUCCUCCUCACGACGUCGGUCUGCUUUGCGUUCCCGCCCGCGCUCCCGGUGACGGGCAGCAGCAUGAACUACGACGUGGUGGUGCUCGCCAUCGUGGCGCUCUUUGCGGUUGGGACGUGGGUGACGGACGCCCACAAGAACUUUUACGGGCCCAGCGAGCUCGAACAGCGUAUCCAGGAGGGGCGUCGGAUGUGGUGA